AUGGUGGAGGAUGAGUUCCUGUCAACCGCUCGAUCGUUUACGGCACAUUUGCAUCAGGCCGAAUAUACUCGUAAAAGGAAGCAAGCCAAGACGGCAAAUGCCUCGAAGGUGAUGAGAAUGACCCAGCGAAGGCCUACCGAUCCGAAGACGUCUAUGAAUAAUGCAACCAAAAAGAGUAUUCAGCGCGAAUCCUCAGAUAUGCAGCGUCUAGAGGCAUUGGAAAAGAUGAAGGAGGAUGCUGGAAGGCCGCAGGUUGAUGAUUCUGAUAUGGAAGAAAUAAACGACGAAGAUAUAGGGAUGAGUGAUGAAGACCGAGACGAUGACCCAUGGGUAGGAACUUCAUUGCAAGCAUUGAUGGUGACUGCGAAGCAAUCCCGUCCGCUCAUGGGUCUACAGGGGAUCAAGUCUUCCACAAAGGCAGCGUUGGGCUACUCCCGACCAGCGAACACGAGUGGUGGCGUUGAAAAGUCCUUGCGAGACAAGGGCACAGACGAAGGUGUGAAGGCCAGACCAAUUUCGAACAUUCGACCUCCAUCGAGGGCGGAUGCAACGGAAGACUUUACAGCUUCCAGCGACGAUGAUGACCUAGGCGUCCAAGCUAAGUCAUUAAGCCGACCACCGGCUAUAUCAGCUCGAUCUAAGACAUCAGUACCAGCAUGCACCUCCAAGCAAACUCCUGUCGCUCUCCCGCAUAAGAGAGACUCGACUCCUUCAAUUACAAGGGCAGACCCAGCACCCUCGCCUAUCAAGCAGCCACAUGUAAACAUCAGAGAGUCCCAGAGCUCUAGCAGUGGGUCGUCUUCGCCUGCUACUCGAUCAAAUUCAGUACCAAAGCCUCGUGGAAGCUCGAGCUCCCGAUUUGCAAAAUUCUUCGAUGAGCAAGACGAGCCAGCCAAGGAACCGGGCCCGAGCCCUGCUAAACGCCAAGUGAAAAUUGAAGAAAGUGAUCCUACAUUUGACCAGAUCAAAACUUUCCAGCCUGAGAAUGCAGGGGUGCGAGAGGAGGGUAAGAAGCAUCGAAAACAGCGCCUGAGCCAAGUUCCGACAUUUCUAUGA